UUUUCAUAACAUAACCUCUAGACUAGCGCUCACCGACCAAAGCGCGAAUGUUUACUAUUUUAAUAAAAAGUUUAGUAUUAUAAAUUACCUGAACACCCAGUACCAUUCCAAUACACCUUACUAUGUCUGCCGAAGAACGUUAUGCCGAUAAUUCUAUCAUAAAUUUCCUCAAAACAAACGUUCCCAAAUCGGACCAAGCCAACAUUGAAGCAGAGCUGAAAAAGGAUUUUCUUUUAGCUAAAAAGAAGAGUAAAAAGCCCCAAAAGAAAGUUAAAACUAAGAAGAUUCGUACUUUAACGAGACGUGAGAAAAAAUGUUUAGGUUUCUACGAUAUACCAAGACGCAGUGUUAAAUACGAAGAUGUGCUUCCUAUGCACAAUAUGUGGAGUGACUAUGUGAGUCAAAUGCUAGAACUGGGCAAGCCAUUGCCGGACUGUACAAGUAAAAGUUGGGAGCAGUUUACACAAACCCUGUACCGGUCAGAUUUCCAUGGCAGCUUACUUCACGUAGUCCGCUCUAGAUGCCCGAACUACGUCGGCAAGAGCGGCAUAUGUAUUAUGGACACGAGGAACACGUUUAAAAUAGUGUCGAAAGAUAAUGUGGUGACUACAGUGCCUAAAUUUUGUUCAGUGUUUGAAAUGCACAUAAGGAAUGUGGCAGUGACUUUGUUUGGGAAGCAUUUGUGUGUGCGGCCAGCAGAAAGGUCAUCUAAGAAAGUAAAGACUCAAUUACAUCCUGAUCUAAUAUAGGCUCUUAACGUUAUGAUGCUCAGUGUCAUAAAUGCUAUAGACUUAAGCAACAAGUAUUUUGAUGUUUCGAAAAGGUUACAUUAACAAAGAAGAUUGUGAAAAUAAGUAUGCAAGUCCCAUUUUUUUAUUAAAGGAUAAGCUGUUAACCAUGUUUUUCUAAUUUAUAAAAAAAUGAUUGUUAGACCAAGAUACGUCUGCAACAAUUUUGAUAGCACACGCAGUGCAAGUGUAUUCAAACAUCUAUGAAAUUAUGACGUAUAAAUAACACUUGCACUGCAUAUGCUAUCAAAAUCGUUGCAGACUUAUCUUGGUCUAACUCUAGUGACGAAACUUGCUGCCGCAAAGUAUAACUGCACAUGUAACUAUUUUUGUAUGGUGUCAAAUCAACCCAUGCCGUAGUGAACAUGUUUAAUAUAAGGAAUAAAAUUGCAAGUACAAUGUAAAAAAAUAAAAAAUAAAAUUUAUAUUUUAUUUAUUUUAUUACAUGCAUUGGGC